GAUGGCCUGAAUUUCAACAGGGGAGCAGAAAAUGAAACUGCAGUAACUGAGUUCAUCUUAGAGGGAUUCUCAGAGCUUGAUCAAAGACUGCAGCUGUUUCUCUCUCUAGUCCUUCUGCUCAUAUUCCUGACAACAGCAAUGGGGAACACAACCAUCAUUUUCCUUGUGUGUGUGGAUUGCCGCCUGCAAACCCCCAUGUACGCUUUCAUCAGCAAUCUGUCCUUCCUGGAAAUCUGGUUUAUAUCCUUCACAAGCAUCAAACUGUUUGUGAUCCUGAGUUCUGGCAGGAGAUCCAUCUCACUGGGCAGCUGCUUUGUCCAGUCCAAUUUCUAUUUUGCCCUGGGCUGUACAGAGUUUGCUCUACUGGUUGUCAUGUCCUUUGACCGCUAUGUUGCCAUCUGCCAGUCUUUGCUAGCUGCCAUCAUGAAGCCACAGCUCUGCAUUCACCUGGUGGUUGCUACUUGGGUCCUAGGCGUCACAGUCCUUCUUUCCUGUACUGUACACCUGCCAGCAGCCUCUGGGAGGAAAAAAGCUUUUAGUGCAUGCUCUUUCCAUCUCACCACCUUGGCCAUUGCAUAUGGGAGCUGCAUUGCUCUCUAUGUGUGUCCUUCCGAAGAUAUUUCCUUGGAGGCCAACAGAGUUGUAGCUUUGCUGAACACCGUCCU